CCCCUUUUCCAUCGCCGCCUUUUUUCCUAUUCGUUGCAACGCUACACACAAACUAACUUUACGCUUACCUCCACUACUCUCACCCUCCCUGCAACCCCCGUCCAACUCGGAAAAGCUUACACCAUGUACGUCAGGCGAGGACUUCCAAUAGUGGCUUUCAAAAAAGUCACUUCGCGUCGCCGUGCGUAUUACCCCCAUCCUCCGCGCGGUCAUCUUCGCAACCCGUGGCGGCGACUUCCAGAGCUUUGACACAACGAGGAAACAUGGUCGCAGCGGUAAAAGCGCCACUGGUAUCGCACCGUCAAACGGUCAACGACAACGUAGAGGGCCAUUCUGGCGGCGGCGGCGGCGGCGGCGGCGGCAGAGGCGCUCGUGCCGACCGAGCACGCACUACUGGAGGAACAACUACCCGGGGACCAAAGGCUGGUGGUGGCAAUAAUGGAGGAACUACGCUGCCACCCCUGGAUAUGACCGACCCAUCGUCGAAAUCCGCACACGCUGAGGCGGACACGGCGAACGAGGAUGGCACGAUACGACGGCACUCUGCGGCGGUGGCGGCUGAGAGUGAUUCAAAGGGAGAGAACAAUGGUGUUGGAUCUGGAGGAAGAGUGCCGUUGUUGUUGAAGGAUAAGUUGGGUGUCGAGCAUAGGACCCCUAUGGGGGAGUAUGUGCCGCCACAAGGGGGAUUGCCGCUUUCGAGUCUUGCCCUCCCCACCCCCUCCCCCCAAUCCUACACCCCCCUCCUCCCCCCCAACGGCCGUCAAGUCUCCAUCCUCGGCAAACACCCCGACCCCUCCUCCGACUCCACCAACGAAGGGCCCGGCCCGUCAAAGUACAACACCGACCCCAUCAAAGUCGUGUUUGAGGAAGCCCCCAAAUGGAGCUUUGCGGGGAGUCGUGGGAAGGAGAGUCAUGCGCUUGUGAAGAGGGAGGGGGAGGAGAGUUUGCCCGGUGCGGCGACGUAUUUCCCUACGGAUAGGACGGUCGGGAGGGACGCGCCCAGCUUUUCUUUGAGUGGGAGGUUUGAGACGCAAUUUCCGGAAGACCCCGGACCAAGCGCCUACUUCCCCAAAGCAACUGUCGGGCGAACCACACCGCCUAAAUACUCCUUUGGGCGGAAGUACAUCUCCAUUGACGACUCAACGCCAGGCCCGCAAUCCUACGACGUCGCAUCGCAUAAACUUCCCCCGCACGCAUCAACCGCGCCGGCAUUCACGUUCCGGCCAAAGUUGGGCGGUGACGUGUUUGAGACGUCGGAAGCUGGUGGAACACCUUCACCAAACGCCUACUUCCCAAAACUCCCCUGGAACGAACGCGCCGCGACACUGAAAGGCUGGUAUGCGGAAAGCAAGGCCCUGAAGACGCCCGGCCCAGCAAGUUUCCUCAUCAAAGAUCAGUCCACGGGCCCGCAGUUCUCGCUGAGGGGGAAGCCUCAUACACCGGGAGCGGCGGGCGACUCCCCCGGCCCGGCAACAUAUAACCCGAACCUGAAUGGGUCGAUGGAGAAGCGGCCGGCGUAUACGCUGGGGGGGAGGCCUGGGAGUCAGAAUGGCGGGGCGUCCCGCCCGACGACGGCAGCAGCGGGCCCCGGCCCGUCGGAGUACACGCCGCGCGACAGGCAGGUCAGAAGCAACGAUGGGCCGAAGGUCACGUUGAAGGGGCGGUGGAAGGUGUUUGCAGCAAGCACCCCCGGCCCAUCAGACUACAACGUCCCCCAACGCUUCCUCACACCCCUGCAGCUCGCGCGGUUCGAGGAGGCGUGCAGGAAGCGGAAGGAAGCUAAACAAGCCGGUACCCAACCCCCCACAACCACCCCCCAAGUCGACCAGCACACGACCCCCGGCCCGGGGACGUACACCCACAUCGACACGAACGUCGUCAAGCGCGCCGCGCCGGCGUUCUCGCUCGGGAAACGGCUGCCCACUGAACUCUCCCGUCUUCAAGCGCGGCAGCAGACACCACAUGGGACGGCCAAGGCGGUUGUUGAGGAUAGCGGGGAGGGUGAGAAGGGCAGGAAGGGAAGUAAAGGCCCGAGUUUGAAGAGCCGGAUGUCGCCGUUUGUGACCAUCUUCCCGAGUACGAGGAUGGAUACGUUGAGGGUGCGGGGUUGAUAGGAAUUUUUGGCAGGAUCGGGGGGGGCGGGGGAAUUUUUUUUGGGAAGGGGCGUUUCCGGGACGAGAUUGGGGGAGAUUACAUGAGGAUACAGGACUAACAGGUAGAAUUGAGGUAAUGAUUAGGGAUAGCGAGGAGUGGAAGGGGUUCGUCUUGGUAGCAGUGAGACUUUUGGGAAGCUUUACAUAAUGGAGACUGAUAUAAACCACCAGAAUAUAGAAUGAGCUACGGACGGGCAGCUUGGCCUCGUGUAGGUACCCAAUGCAAGAACAUCCAGACUUCCCCCUUCGGAAGCAGGGUGAGAUUUAGCC